AUGAAUGAUAAUUUUUUUAAGCAUCAAUGUGCAAAUGCUAACUAUCCAUCAGAAGAUUGGUGUGAGAAGGAAUACAAUCAUUAUAAGAGGUUCUGUACACAUUGUGAAAAGAAUCCUUGUAUUUCAUUUACUCAUGAUAUUGAUUGCUACUGUGAACCCUAUGAUAAUAUUUGGCGUCGUUAUGGAUAUGAAACUGCUCGAUGGUGUCAAAAGUACGAGUUGACGUGCGAUGAGAAAACGAGAAGAGAUAAAGGAAACGAACUGAUUCAAUUGAUGCAGGACAGGAUUAAAGUGCAUUAUCGUUGUCUCCAUCUAUACAAUCUUCCCCAAGUCAUCUGCGAUCCGUUUUCGACUAGAUUUGACUGGUACAGAUGUAUGAAGUUCCUUUUCGACUGUGAAUUAAUAUCCGACUGGGACGAUGACGAUUAUGAUGAUGCUGGUGUUAUCACUGAUGAGAAGCCUGGAAAGUCUUCACCCUCACUUCCUCCAAUAUCUAAACCCAAAUCUUCCCUUCCGGAACCAUCGAUUUCUGAUCAAGCUGAAACUCUUCUAAAGGGUGGACUUUCGUCACAACAACUCAAAGAAAAUGCGGCGAUCCGGGAAAAGGAGAAACAAUUGGAAGCAGUGCUCAAGAAACCAUGA